AUGCCUACGCUUGCUAUCACAAACUUCAACAUUGUGUGUUCCGUGCUAGGCGGCUUUAUCACUUUAUAUGGACUUGUAUCUUAUCUUUUUAAAGAGAAGUUCUACUUGUCUGAAUCUUUAAUCUCCCUCCUCGCAGGCGUAAUAUUUUCCCCUCACGCCACAAACUUCGUCAGGCCCCUUGACUACACCAACAACUCACAGGCAUCCCUCAAUGCCGUAACUCUAUACUUUACCCGUCUCGUGCUCGGCGUCCAACUCGUUCUUGCGGGCGUCCAACUACCCUCUCGCUAUUUGCAGAAAGAAUGGAAAUCGCUUGCUUUACUCGUGGGGCCUGUCAUGACGCUCAUGUGGCUGGCGAGUAGUUUGCUUGUGUGGGGACUCGUGCCAGGCAUUAGCUUUCUGCAAGCUCUGGCUAUUGGGGCGUGUGUCACGCCUACUGAUCCGGUGUUGAGUAAUAGUAUUGUUAAAGGGAAGUUUGCGGAUAAGAAUGUGCCUCCGGGGUUGCAGAAGAUUGUUGUGGCUGAGAGCGGGGCUAAUGAUGGAUUGGGCUAUCCGUUUCUAUUCUUCGCCCUUUACCUGAUCAAAUACACCAGUGAAGGAGGUGCUGGCCAACAUGGAGGGGCGCGCACAGCCAUGGGCCUUUGGUUCGGCGAAACCUGGGGCUACACCAUCAUCCUCAGCGUCAUCUACGGUGCAACAGUUGGUUGGAUCGCGAAAGAGCUCCUGCACUGGGCCGAAGAGAAACGAUUCAUCGAUCGAGAAAGCUUUCUCGUCUUUGCCAUCACCCUCGCUCUCUUCAUCGUCGGAACUUGUGGCAUGAUCGGCAGUGAUGAUGUGUUGGCUUGCUUCAUUGCCGGAAAUGCGUUCACGUGGGACGAUUGGUUUCGUCUCGAGACUGAAGAUGAUGCGCUGCAGCCGACUAUUGAUAUGCUGCUGAAUUUGUCUAUAUUUAUGUGGUUUGGUGCUAUUUGUCCUUGGUCCAUGUUUCUUCAUAACUCAGUUAUUCCUAUCUACAGAUUGAUAUUUUUGGGCAUCUUGAUUCUGCUUUUCAGGCGCUUACCUGUGGUCUUUGCAUUCCACAAGCUCAUACAUCAAAUCGAGGAUACGAGGCAAGCGAUCUUCGUUGGUUUCUUUGGUCCCAUCGGAGUAUCCGCCGUUUUCUAUCUAUAUAUCAGCCUCGAGUUUCUCGAGACAAUCACAGUAGAUGGCGUGCAACGAGAAGAUGCCAAGCAGCUAAGUGAAAUAAUGAUGGUCGUCAUCUGGUUUCUAGCAAUCUGUAGUAUCGUGGUCCAUGGCCUCUCAAUUCCCCUCGGCAAACUUGGAUUCUUCCUCCCCAGAACUCUCUCCCGCGCCUUUACAUCCCGCAGCCAAGAAAGAGACGAAGUAUCCCGCGUCAGCGACCGCGCCAGGCCAUCCGCAACAGGUGUCUUGAGGGAGCGAAGACCAAGACGUGGUCAUGAUCGCUCGCCUUCAUCUGCUGCCACUUCGACGAGACCGAUCUAUAGGAUUGGCGGGUCGGUUAUCCAUGAUGCUAGUGAUGUUAAUACGGGUGCGACCACGCCGGUUGAGCUGAGGCUGAGUCGACCGUCUACUCCACCGAAUAUCGCGGUGAAUAGGACGAUUAAGUUUCCGGAUGACGAACCUGCGGCUGUUGUUGGGACUGACAGGAUUACAUAG